GUCGCCGCAGGCGGCCGAUACUCGGUAGCGGUGACAUCAGGACAGGAGUGCUUGACGUGGGGGGAAGAUGUAGGCGGUUGCACUGGCCACGGUGAGAGCGGUUUGAAUCGGAUUCACAACACACCAAAGUGGAUGUACUGGAUGACCAACGCCACGACGAAGGUGGUGUCUUGUGCCGCGGGCUCAGCACACACGGUCAUAACAACGGGCUCAGGGCAAGUUUACACUUUCGGCGUUGGAGAUUGCGGUCAACUCGGUCACGGAGAUGGGGUUAACUACGCCAAGCCAAAGCUCGUGGAAUCUGUCACUCUUAUGAACGUGUCUUCAGUGGCUUGCGGUAGCAAUCACACACUCGUAGUGACCGAUUCGGGUUACGUUUAUGGAUUUGGCUCAAAUAGUUGUGGUCAGCUCGGAUGCGGUGACUUUUCGAAUAUUUUCAUUCCCAGACGCAUGGGGCACGACGAGUUCGUCGGCGGUGUCGUGCAGGUCGUCGGGGGAGAGGAGCACACAGUAAUGCUAACAGAGAAGGGUCGAGUAUACGUCUGCGGACGCGGUUCCGAUGGACAGUUGGGAUUGAGCGACACGGUAGAUCGAAGUUUGGUGACACUGGUGUCUACUAUGGUGAACGUUUUCAUC